ACAUAAACACGUGAUCCACGAUAGAAACAUACAAAAUGUCGGACUCCAAUGUGGUUAGCGUCAAUCGUCUCCAAAAACAAAAGUUAAGAAACAAAACGUAGCCAUUUGACUAAAUUUUUGAUUUUCAAGUAAAUAGUUGCAUUCUGUGUUAAAGUCAUGGAUGAAGAAGAUAUCGAAUUAAGAACGGUGGAGCACUCGAUCCCUAUUGAUAUUCUGAACGAUCUUCUAACGAGGUUUCUUAUUUUCGUCCCGGAAUCGGCAAAGCAGAAUUUGAUUCGCAUUUGUUUCCAAAUUGAAAUGGCGCAUUGGUUUUAUUUGGAUUUUUAUGUCGGUAAAGAUCAGCGUCUAAAAGCUUGCAGUAUUUACGAGUUUGCAGCUCAUGUCUUUCAGCAUAUUCCCGGUUUGAAAAGUGAAAGUCAUAAGCUGACUCAAAUCCUCAAUGAAUGGAAGGAGUACAAGCAGAGCGUUCCUACUUAUGGGGCUAUAAUUUUAUCGGAAGGCUUGACCCAUGUGCUGUUGGUUCAGAGCUACUGGGCCAAAUCUUCGUGGGGCUUUCCAAAGGGUAAGGUUAAUGAAGAAGAAGAUCCCGUCCAUUGUGCCAUUCGAGAGGUGUUGGAAGAAACCGGGUUUGACAUUAGUCCGUUCAUUAAUCCAGAGGAGUACUUAGAGUCAAUUGUAAACGACCAACUUGUCCGGCUGUAUAUUAUUAAAAAUAUACCCUUAAAUACGGAAUUUAAACCGAAAACGCGGUGCGAAAUUAAAUCGUGCACAUGGUUCGCCAUUUCCGAUUUGCCGAUCAACAAGAAAGACACAACGCCGAAAACGAAAAUCGGCGUUAGUCCUAAUUCGUUUUUUAUGGUUUUACCGUUUAUCAAAAGGCUCAAGCAAAUUUGCAGUGGGACUACUCGCCGAUACCGAAAGAAAUCGAGCAGCUUGAGCGAAUCCGAAAACAGCGCCCAGAAGUUCAUCAAAUCCCGGAGCAACACGAAGAUAGAAAACGACGAGGGUAAGCACAAAAAGAAACCAGAUAAGAAGCACAGCAAGCGCCAACUAUUCCCCGAAUGCGACGACAAUAAUGUCGAAUUUUGCGCCCCCUCUUGGCUCGAUUUUAAAUUUGAUAAGAUCGCCAUCAUGGAUUGUAUCCCAUAGAUCUUGUCUGGUUUGAAAAUUUCGGUGACCCGUUAAGAAUUGAAAAAUUUAUUUUUGAUUCAAUUUAUUGAUUUUGGUUAAUUUGCUUUCCGAGCAUAAUUAGAAAUAAAAGCUUUUUUUGUGGCUUAUGACAGAACUAUUGAUUUUUUUUUAUUUCACCCCAAUUUCUUUUUAUUUGCUUUGUUUGACAUUAUUUUUCAUCUUUGUGAUAGUAAUGUAAUUUUUGUUAGGUUUACAUUGGGAAUAAAUUUCGUCAAUUUUCUUGCUAACCGCUUCAAUAAUCAAGAAAUUUUUGACGUUUGAAGGUCAUCCGUUACAGAAAACGCUAAAAUGUGAAUAAUUUUAAAAAAAUGACCUUGACAUAGCGAAUUGAUUGAUGCACUUUUUCUCAGUGUAAAUUAGACGUUAUGAGUAUGACUGCGCCGCAAUACUUCUAGUCUCUUGCUAUAAACUAAAUUUACCUUCCUAGUGGAAGGAAAGUUUCAUCUGAAAAAAAAAACGUCUCAUAUGGAGAAGAUUAUUUUCGUAAAUUAGUUAUAUUAAAUCGGUACCAAAAACUAUGGACGACACUUUAAGUGUCCCAGAACUUUGUUAUAUUAGCUUUACGCCCAGUUUUUUCUUGUACUAGUUUGUGAAAUAGCGAUUGUCCAGUUCCGCCAUUGAUCGGCAUAAAUGGGUUUGU